CCUAACUCUAGGGUGAUGCAGACAUCCCGUUGGGUAUGGAGAACUUGCUGAUGGCUCCUCUGGUGAGAAAGGAAGAGGAAUCUGAGCUGACUCCGGUGAGCACUGGCAAAUGCCGCCGUCUUUUCCGCUCUCCGUCCAUGCCCAGCAGCGUCAUCCGGCCCAUCCUGAAGCGGCUGGACCGACCCCAGGACAAAGACACACCUGUGAAAACCAAGAGGCGGAAGAGCCUGGCAGGCAACACUAUUGCCGAGAAGACAGAAGACCCGGUACAUUCACUGUAGCAGGGCUAUUGUGGGAGGUGGGGGGAAUGUCAGUUUGGCUCCAGAGGUUUUGGAAGUACUAUUGAAGUUCCAGUUUUCCUCCAGAACAGAGGCAUGGGUUGAGUAAUCCUUCAGGUAUUGGUAGACUGCACCUCCCUCCAAAGAAGAAGACUCCCAUUACAUUCCGAAGCAAUGUAUUCCACUGUCAAACAGCUCUUAGCAUCGGGAAGGUCUUGCUAAGGUGGAAUGUAUUUUCCUAAGUUCUGGGGUUUGCAGCACCCAAAACCUUUGCAGGAUGGGAACAUGAUUCCCAACCCCACUCUGCAGAAAAGGAGAUUCCUUUGGAUGUUUCCUACAUAGCAUAAUGGAUUUGGGGGGAAAGAGCAUAGGAAGUCUUAGAGUUGGAGGAAUAGUAGCAACACAGAUGGCCCUCUACUUUAUACUCUUU